UCAAAAUCUAAUUGAAGAAACAAUAUAAUUGUUUUAAGUUAAAAUAUAUGGCCAUGAAGAAUCUCUCAUUUCUUGCAGUCCUAUCUCUCCUAGCUUUAACUCUUCCAUUAGCCAUUGCUUCUGACCCAAGCCCCCUUCAAGACUUCUGCGUCGGCGUCAACACCCCAUCAGAUGGUGUGUUUGUGAAUGGAAAGUUCUGCAAAGACCCAAAGCUCGUCACCGUGGAUGACUUCUUUAUGGCAGGGCUUCAAAAUGCAAGACCCGUAGCUAAUGUAGUCGGGUCGAAUGUCACAGCCGUUAAUGUUAACAACCUUCCAGGGUUAAACACCCUUGGAAUCUCGCUUGUCCGCAUAGAUUAUGGAGUAAAUGGACAAAACCCACCUCACACCCACCCACGUGCUACCGAGAUCCUCUAUGUUGGACAUGGAAAACUUCUUGUAGGAUUUGUCACAUCGAACGGAGAUGGAAACCGUCUGUUCACAAAAACACUCAACGAGGGUGAUGUAUUUGUGUUUCCAGAAGGACUAAUUUGUUAUGAACUAACCAUAAUUCAUUUCCAAUUCAAUGUGGGACGUUUUCCUGCGUUUGCAUUGGCUGCUCUGAGCAGCCAAAACCCAGGUGUUGUCACUAUUGCCAACUCUGUGUUUGGGUCUAACCCUGCGAUUGACCCAAAUGUUCUUGCAAGAGCAUUUCAGUUGGAUCCAAAGGUGAUCAUGGAUCUACAGGCCAAAUUCUGA